ACCAUGUUUUUUAUUGCGGUCGUUAAAUUGUCGAUUUGUCAGUAAACAGCGCAAUUCAGUUUGCUGAGCGAAUGAAAAUUGGCUUUUGAGUUAAUAAAAAGCAUACAAAUUCAUUUAGACUAUAUGCGAAUGACGCGAUUAUCUAAGAAUAUCUGAAUCAAGCAAAGGCAUGUGCAUCGCCAUACUUUUCAUCUGCCUAUUGUUACAUAUAGGCAGUGUCGAUACGCAGACAGACGGGUUCCAAGCUGUGGAUGGCUUUGCUCAAGGUGACGGUUUCAACAAACCUGACCACCCGCAGUCUUCAUUCAGUGCGGAGGGGUUCGUUCCAGCUGAGCGAGAUCAAGCGAGUAUUGAUCGUGCACGGUCUACUAAUGGGUUCCAAACGAUUCCAGUUGGAAAACCAGCUUUUAAUGACAGACUGGGUCAGAGACGUGAACCAUCAAAUGUAAACACCGAAGUGGUCGGUGACAGUCGUCGAAACGCCAUUGCCAUGACCAAGUCAGUGUUUGCAAAUAUUGCAAACGCUUUAGAUAAUUUGCCACCAUUUCCACCAAAUAACGAGCCAAACAUACAUGAGCCUCGUUCAGCUUGGAUGCAAAGUGACCCCAAUCAAAGCGAUAUCCCAAUGGGCGUCAAUGGCGUUGAUGACGGAAUGACAAUUUGGGAAGAAAGUUUGCAAUCUGUUCAACAAGAAAUGGGAAUAAAUGGAUCAUUCCCAAAUUUUAUCUCCGAGGGUAUUGCAUCCGGAUUAGAUCCAAUGUCAAACGCAAACACCAACUUACCUGCGGACAAUAGCUUUGGUAAAGCUGAACCGAUUCCUAGUGCAAAUAAACCUAACGUUCCUGAUGACAAUCGGAUAAAUAAGAUUUCACAGGGCAUUCCAGAUUCUCUUCGAAAUAAUCCGAUGGAUUUUAGCCUCAAUGACGUUUUGCCAAUAUCUACAGAAGUUGCUGCCAAUGCGGAGUCUGUUACAGAUUUGCGAGGUCAAUCUUCUUCAGAUCCACUGUUAUCAAAUGACUUAUCAGAUACAGGUCGAAGUUCUGGCCUUGGAACCAAUAUUGGUGUCGAUACUCCGAUGGUGAAUGCAGGUGCUGAAAUUCAGCCUGAUCUAGUGCCACAAGAAAGAGCUUUUCCAUUUGACACACAAGGAAGUAGUUCUCUCUUUGGAACUAAUUUUGAUUUUGAAGGAAGUUCACUUUUAGGCACUAAUUUUGAUACUGAACCAUUGUCAACUAGUGAUGGGAUGAACACUCCCUCAAACACAAAACCAACGGGAGGUCUACCGUCGUCGAAUGGUUUCACAAGUAUUGGAACCAAUAGUGGUGUCGAUACUCCGAUGAUGAGUGAAGGUGUUAAUGUUCAGCCUAAUGUAGUGCCACAAGUAAAAGCUGCUCCAUCUGACACACAAGCAGUCAGUUCUCUCAUUGGAACAAACUUUGAUUUUGAUUUUGGAGGAAGUUCACUUUUAGGCACCAAUUUUGAUAAUGAACCAUUGCCAUCUAGUGGUGGGGUGAACACUUCCUCUAACACAAAACCAACGGGAGGUAUAUCAUCUUCGAAUGAUACUUCAAAUAUUGGAACCAAUAGUGGUGUCGAUAUUCCGUUGAUGAAUGAAGGUGUUGAAGUUCAGCCUGAUCUAGUGCCACAAGUAAAAGCUGCUUCAUCUGACACACGAGCAAGUAACUCUCUCAUUGGAACUAACUUUGAUUUUGGAGGAAGUUCACUUUUAGGCACCAAUUUUGAUGAUGAACCUUUGCCAUCUAGUGGUGGGAUGAACACUCCCUCAAACACAAACCCAUCGGGAAGUCUAUCAUCGUCGAAUGGUUUCACAAGUGGAGGAUUUGACCUUAACCUCAACUCAAAUUCCGGAUUUACUGACAGUUCUCCCACUGAACCAUUUUCUGUACCAUCUGACCAACGAUUUCAACCAGGGUCUGACCCAGCACGGCCUUUAAGUUCAAGUGAUGGAUUUGACACUCGAAGUUCAACUACCAGAAGAUUACGGCCUAUAUCUAGAUCAUCGUCUGGAAGAAGCUCAGGCUUUGGAGAUUUAGCUCAAGGUACUCUCGCACCGGUCUCCCAGAACUUCCCAAGCUCAUCGGCAAGACCAGGUCCCUUUGGUACACCGACGGGCUCAUUUGAUAGAAGAAGAUCGGGCUCAUUUGAUAGAUCAAGACCAGGCUUUUUUGACAGACAAACUCUGGGCUCAUUUGACAGACCAACUUCGGGCAUAUUUGAUAGACCAACUAUGGGCACAUUUGAUAGACCAACAUCGGGCACAUUUGAUAGACCAGGUCCGGGCAUAUUUGAUAGACCAGGUCCGAGCAUAUUUGAUGGACCAACAUCGAGUACAUUUGAUAGACAAGGUACGGGCACAUUUGAUAGACCAACUCCGGGCUCAUUUGAUGGACAAACUCCGGGCUCAUUUGGUAGAUCAUUGAUAAGAAGGACAGGGUUCCAACCAUUUGAGCCAAGAUUUCCUUCCGGUUUUAGACGUCCGCGUGAACCAUUUUCUUCAGGUUUAAAUGCAAGUAGAACCGUUUCAUCCGAUCGAUUUCGUGGUCCAGUCGAUCUUGACAGAAGCAUGCCACCAAUAUCUCCGUUUGACAUUGGACGAUUUCGUGACCCUACACUAUUUGGUAUGGGACGUAGAGAUUCUACUGGUUCAGGACAAUUUGGCCCUCCGCAGUUUCGUUCUCCUGUAAGAUUUGACACUUCACUGGGGUCAAGUUCGACAGGAUUUGGAAUGGGGUCUUCAUCAUCAAGAUCAAUACUCCCGAGGUUACACACCUUUGGCACCGUUCCAAGCAGGGGUGACAGUUUAAUUGGUUCAGUGAGGAGAACUGACAUGGCGCAACGUACACGUGGAAGUGACUCCCCGAGGUCUCAGGUACCUCUGACAUCUGGGCCAUUUAGACCAUCAAGCUCUCUUCCUUUGCCAACAGGCAGAACAUUCAGUGAUGGCACAAGACAAACGAUGUCUCUAACAGGAACAAGAACGGGUUUGGCAGGCUCGCGAUUUCCGUUAACAAGUUCAUCGAUUUUGCCAAGGUUUCCUGUAUCUUCUUUAACAAGACCGAGCUCUUUAACAGGAUUUGGUGGUACUAUUUCUUCGUUUCCGUCUCCUGGUAGAAGUACAUUGACAGGGUCAUCUUUUCUACCACGGACAUCUUUUCCAUCUAGAACACCAAGUACCAUGUUCGGAUCUCAUUCUCUUCAUACCGGAUCUUCAACAGGAUCACAACCUAGGUUUGGGUCAGGUCUAUCUAGAGGAUUUGUCAGUUCAUUUCCAUGACACUGAUAUCGUUCUAUAAUAAUUAUUGUGUAAAUAUUGAGUGAGAGUAUUUAUUUGUUUUUAUACUUUAUUUGAUAUUGAAUGUGUUGUAUUUGUGAUAAAUAAAGACUGAUAAAAAUACA